AUGGAGAAACAAUUUUGCUGGUCAACAGUUCUUCAACUCUUGAGGUCCUGCGUGACUUCACUUGCCACAGGGGUUUCUCAACCGACUAGGCUUACAUAUGGACCUGAAGAAGGGGGAGGACUACGUUGUAUACAUAGGAAAGUGCUGCUGGAGGCACUUGGGGAGGACUUGAAGCCGGGUACGAUUCGUUUUUGUUGCCAUGAGGAUGGCACUACCAUCAAACCCAAGGUUCUAGUAGGUUGUGACGGGAUCCACUCGGUGGUGGCACAAUGGCUCGGCUUGCUUGAACCGGUUCACUCCGGCCGAUCUGCGGUCCGAGGAAUUGCCUUUUACGACAAUGGACAUGGUCUCCCCCGACAUGUCCAACAAUUCUUAGGCUGUGGCAUGAGGGUAUUUAAAGGCAGAGAUCAAGGAAACCCAGAGUCAGUCCGCAAAGACGCAAUGGCAAGGUUGGGGGAAAACUUCCCAUCAAAAUUCUUGGAGAUAAUUGCAAAUACAGAUCUCUCCACACUCACACUGGCACCCUUGAAGUUUAGGUGGCCAUGGGACUUAAUCUUUAGACCUGCGAGCCGAGCCAAUCUCACGGUCCCGGGCGAUGCCAUGCACCCUAUGACACGGGACCUAGCUCAAGGUGGGUGCUCUGCCUUAGAGGAUGCUGUUGUAUUGGGAAGACACUUGGGGGGAGUUUUUCUGAAGAAACAUAAAUUUGAAGGAAAAGAAGUGGAAGUUAGUUUCAAGAACUAUGUUAAAGAGAGAAAGUGGAGGGCAGCUGGUUUAAUACUUGGGUCUCUUUUGUCUAGGUGGGUUCAAGGGGAUGAUGGAUGGUGGUUGGUGAAAGCUAUAAGGCAUAAGGUGUUUUAUGGGCUUCUUUACAGUAAACUUUUCAAUGUCAUUGAUUAUGACUGUAGGGUGUUGCCAGCACCUCCCUCUUACUUAAAAAGUGGUUUGGAGAGACAAACUGAAGCUGUUGAAUUUUAG